CCCAGGUGCGCGCAUGGUCAGUGAGCUCCCGGCAGAGAGACUGCGAGCAGAACCCGGGACAGCAUGGAGGGGGAGGACGUGUUUGAUGAAGAGGGGGACGAGAUGAACGUCGUGCAGACAGAAUGGAAGCGAUCAAUGGAGAAGAGGUUGAAGGAGGGGUACCUUAAUGGGAGAGAUGCUGGUAGGGAGAAUGCACUGCAAAGCGGAUUUAACCUUGGAUACAAACUUGGGGUGAACAUGUUAAGGCCUUUUGGUGAACUUCGAGGAACCCUAAGUGCCCUCCUGACAUGGAGUCAACUUCAUAAUCCUGAACCUGCAGUGAGUACAAAGCUGAAUGAUCUCCUGAUUGCCGUGUGCCAGUGUGAGGACUCCCUGCUGAAAUGUCUGUCUUCUCUGUACCAAACUCCCCAUCCUUCUGAUUUAUCAAGCACUUUGGAGGACAUGAACCUUGCAAGCAGUGCACCUGAUAUCGAACUGGAUGAGCAAAGUCCGUGUGCAUCAGGGAGGAACUGUUGCAGAGUUCAGGACUCUCUUGCCUCUUCCUUGGCCAGAUGUAGGACUACCCAGCAGCUUAAUGAGUCAGCAAAGCAUGAGCUCUGUAGAAUUGCAAAGGAAUGCCUUUCUGUGGCUGAACAGUUGAAUCUACCAGAAGGCAUACAUCGUUAUCUUCAAACACUGAAAUAUUAAACCUGUUAGGUAACUGUUCUAUUACUUUUAGUGGAUCAUAUUUGGAAAUUUACCAUCACUCAUUAUGUUGCAGUCAUUUUGAUGAAAUGAUUUUUCAAAUACCAUUUUAUACAGAUAUCCAUCCCCUUCUUGGAAACAACGAAGAACACAUUUUAUAUAAGAGUAUUAAAAUACACAUUCUUUAACUAAACGUGUGUGUUCAUGGCUUGUUUGGAAUUUAGAAAUAAAUAACAAUGACAACAAAGUGUGAAUUCGAAUGUGUAGAUAGGAAAUCAGAAUUGCUGACAUCUUGUGCCAUAAAAAAAAAAAAAAACACGUAAUUUGUUAUACUUAAAUCUGUUUAACCCCUUAAGGACACAUGACGUGUGUGACAUGUCAUGAUUCCCUUUUAUUCCAGAAGUUUGGUCCUUAAGGGGUUAAAAAGGCACCAUUGUCAAACAGUGCAGUAUCAUAGAUGCAGUGAUAAUCUGACAAUGCUGGGUUAACCCACCCCCAAUACUUUUGGCCAAUAAUGGCAAACCAUGAUGUCUCAAAUUGAUAUUGAAAGAGUAAUUUCUGCACUAUCAAACGGGUGGGUUCCGUGCCUCAAUUUUCAUCAAAUAUCCAAAGGGACUGACAAAAAAGGGGGAUCCAGAUUCUGGGAAGCAUAACCACUACACUGAACUCAGAGCUUAUGUUGCUUAAACUGUCCCAUUAAACCGUUAACCCGUUAAGGACUGAACCAACUGUACAAGUUGUGAUCAAAACAAAGCGUAAACAAAACCUUGAAUUGGCGCUAUAUGUCUGAUCAGGUGUAAUUCACCUCUUUUAUAUGAUUUGCACCCACACUUCUCAUAUCUUUUUUUCUGGAGAAACAU